GCUUAUGUUACGCUGAGUUUGGCUCACGAGUCCCUCGGGCCGGAAGUGCUUAUAUCUACUCUUACGUAACGGUCGGGGAAUUCAUGGCUUUUGUGAUCGGAUGGAAUCUCAUCCUUGAAUACGUUAUUGGAACGGCAUCCGUAGCUCGCGGUUACUCUGGAUAUAUUGAUUCCCUAUUCGACGGCACGAUAUCAUCACAUUUCAAACAGUGGACACCCAUUCACGUGACAGGUUUGGCCACAUAUCCGGAUCCAAUAGCUCUGGGGCUGACUCUCGCGCUCACUGUCCUGUUGGCCGUCGGAGUGAAGGAAUCGAUUCGUUUCGCAACAGUCAUGACAUGCGUUAAUCUCGUGGUCGUUGUGUUUGUAGUGAUCGCCGGUCUCUUCAAAGUUAAUAUUGACAAUUGGAAACUCAAAGAAUCGGAUAUUCCCGAAGAAUACAAGGAUAAGGCAGGGAAUGACACAAUUGAUGCCGGAAGCGGUGGUUUUCUUCCAUUCGGUUUCUCUGGCAUGAUGUCCGGCGCCGCCACUUGUUUUUACGCUUUCGUUGGUUUUGACGCCAUCGCCACUACAGGUGAAGAGGCAAAGAACCCGAAGAAAGCGAUUCCGCUCUCAAUUAUUAUAUCUCUGUCCCUCAUAUUCAUGGCGUACUUCGGUGUGAGCGCUAUUCAGACUCUUAUGCUUCCGUAUUAUCUGCAAAACGAUGACAUCACAAAAGGAGCGCCUCUGCCCUACAUCUUCGAGCACGUGGGCUGGACGUGGGCUAAAUGGGUGGUCGCCAUCGGCGCCCUCAACGGUCUGUCCACCAGUUUGUUGGGCGCUAUGUUUCCGUUGCCGCGAGUCCUGUACGCUAUGGCCAGCGAUGGCGUCAUCUUUCGAUUCCUGGCCACAAUUCACCCCAGAUUUCAAACUCCUCUCUACUCGACCCUCAUUUCGGGCGCAUUGGCCGCCGCAAUGGCCACUCUCUUUGACAUCACACAACUCGCAGACAUGAUGUCAAUCGGGACACUAUUGGCCUAUACUUUAGUCGCCGAAUCCAUUCUCAUUAUAAGAUAUUCAGAUGACGUGAAAGCUAUAAAUCAAGUGAAAAAUGAAUCGGAAGAAAUGCAAACCAUAAACCAAUAUCCACUGACCCGUCAAAAUAUUUACCGGCAAAUCUUCAGCGGCCGUCGUAUGACACCCUUUCCCAACCAAUUGUCAUCAAUUGUAUCCAAUUAUCUCAUCGGGACUUUAACCCUUCUUCUGGUCAUAUUAGACAUACAAUUAGUCUUUUUAGAGGACUUACUGUUUAAGGCCGAAGUGGGUCCACUCGUUGGCGUUGGAAUCACAACUUUGAUUAUCAUUGCGGCCGCAAUCUGUCUCACAAGACAGCCGACAAUCCCAGAGUCGCUUAUUAACCACAACUCAUUAUCUUGUCUUCAGGUGCCGUGGGUUCCGUUGGUUCCAUUCCUAAGCGUUUGGGUUAACAUCUAUUUAAUGUUUAAGCUGUCGGUCCAGACGUGGAUCCGAUUCGCCGUUUGGAUGAUAAUCGGUCUUAUAAUUUACAUCUUUUACGGCAUUCGCAACAGUAAUGAACGAAAACAAGAUAACAAGCAAUUAUCUCAUGAUUUGACCGAUAAAUAAAACACAUUGGUUUCAAAGGGAG